AUGGAGCUGUCUAGAGUGGCAUGGCUCCCGCAGCACCAUCUUGCUCACUAUUCAUACCAGGAGAUGCAGACUGCACUCGGUCUGGCAAAAUCUGAAGCCAAAAGCCAACUCUACAAGUUCCUGAGUCUGGUCUCCCAAAUCCUAAAAUUGGUGAAAGAUGACACCUAUACCAUGGUGCAAACCUUGCAGAAGGAUGCAAUGAGCCCCACUGGCCAGGCAGAGAGAAAGGCAGUGGAGAGGUGCCUGCACCAGACUGAGUCCUGGAUGUGUAGAUUUGGAGCUUUGACCACAUUGGUGGGAUCCAUGAUCUGUGAGAACCUGCUCUCCUUCCUUCGGAGGGAUAUCUGUGGCUUCAUAGAAGAUGUAAUCCAGUUUCGAGAUGCAGUGUGUGAUACGUUCCUUGAAAUAAGUCUAGAAUUUGGACCUCAGAAUGAAUUGACUCUGGAUCCACCUGAGGAUUCCUUGUAUCAGAGCUUUCAGCAAGCCAUUGAUUCUGUGACUGACGUUGUUUUUGAGGUUGCUGCAAUUUUUGCCCAAAAUGAUGACAAGGAAUCAUCAGAUUCAACUCUACGCCUCAAGACUGAGUCCAAAAUACAAAUGUCAUCACUUAACUCUGGUCUAAAUGAGGAGAGUCUGAGGAUGGUUUUCCCAAAACCAGAACUCCCACUGAUGAAAAGCAAAGAUAUUUCCACUGGAUUGAGAGUUCAAGGGAACGUGGAGAGGGGUCACAACCUACACCUAAACAUAUACCCUUUACAGCAUAUGCUAUAUAAUGACCAGCCGACCCAACAGGCCCGAGACAAGUUACAGGGAGUACUUAAGGUAUCUCUGUGUGAGGUGCAGCGGUUCUGUGUGGAACACUCUUGGUUCUGUGAAGUUAAGGAUUUCAUACAGAACUGGUCUCUAGGAAUGUUGGAGAAGCUCAGAGGAAGCCCACCACAAACAUACGAAGACCUCAUCCUGAGAACACAGUCCUGGCAGGAGAGAAUUCUCAGUUUGAAGGAGAGCAUCACAACUGUUGGUUUCACCAUCUCCUGUGUUCACAUCAAGGCCACAUUAGCCCAACCUCUGGCCAAUAUAAUGCAGGAUAUUCUUAAUUUCCUGACUUCAGAAACUACCCACAGAUCACAGACACUAAUAGAGGAACUGAACAUCGUUCUGGAAACAUUUCAGUCUGUGAGCAUCGAUAUACCUUCAUUUACUGAGUUAACCAAAAAGGUUGAUUACUACUCAAAGAAUUCUGACCAGCUCCAAGAGAUCUUGGAUUAUGUGAUUUCUUUAAAUGCCAUCGUACGAAUGAAUUUGCGGCCACCUUCUCCAGAGGAGGAGAAUUUGCACUGCAAGCUAAUUGAUACUUGGGAUAAUUUCCAUCAACAUCUGAAAAAAGCUUCGGAGUUCUUGAGUGUGAACCGAUUUUCCAUGUUGAGCAGUCUCGAGCAUUCCUUCCUGUCAUGUUACAAGGAGGCUGAGAGUAUCAAUGGAAUUGCUCAUUCCCCCAUCUACUCUGAUCCUUCCCAAGAUUCCAUGCUGGUACUGGGAAAGCUUGGAGAUAUGUGGCGCAGACUUCACUUCCUGACUGGUCAACUCCAUGAGUUUAAUCGCUCCAGACAAGCUUUGCAAGGUAAGAUUUUUGACACAUCGAUGAUCACUCGAGCAGAGAAAGAGCUUCGGGCACGGGAGACUGUGUGGAAACUACUGGAAAGAAGUAGCGAGCAGAUCGCAGUGUGGAAACGUACGCUCUUUAUUGAGGUAAUGAUUUCCAUAAGAUUGCUAGAACAUGGAUCAUCCAAUAAUGGCUGUGGCGGAUACUGCAACGUGGCUGUGGAUUACCAGGUGUGCCUCUUGGAGAGUAGAUACAGGGCAGCCUUGUAUCCAGUUUACCCCUGCGUGAUGCAUCCUGCAGACCCGGUCCCGUAA